UUGCAGAUACUCCGCCGAGCACUUCCUUCUGUCGCGCAGUCGGUGGGCUUGAACGCGGUGGCAUCACAGGUGCCAAUACCGCCUGCUCCGCCCGUGGCGCCAGGUUUGGUUCCCACCCCUGAUAUGCCACCAACUGCAGUUCCUGCUGCAGCGACACCUCCAACGCCGGGUUUCGCCAGUUUACGGCGUGCUCACAGCGAAGGGGAUGACCUCGAUAUCACUAGGGCAACCGCUAGUCAACGAGCUGCGUUUAAUGUGGAUAAGGCAACUGAAUCGAAUAACGAUACACCGCUAACACUUGCCUGUUCUAAUGGGCAUGCACAAAUGGUUGAUGUCCUUGUUUGUCGUGGUGCAAAUAUAGAGCACCGGGAUAAGAAGGGCUUCACUCCGCUGAUAUUGGCGGCUACGGGUGGACAUCGAGAUGUUGUGGAAUUGCUUCUCAACAAUGGAGCCCAAAUUGAAGCACAGUCUGAGCGUAAAGGAACAGCAUUAUCAUUCGAACAUCGAAAUGUGAGCGAUUACACGCCGCUAUCGCUAGCUGCCUCUGGAGGUUAUGUGGAAAUAGUGAAUAUGCUAUUGAAUGCUGGUGCAGAGAUCAAUUCAAGGACUGGAAGCAAGCUCGGCAUAUCACCUUUGAUGCUGGCAGCAAUGAAUGGUCACAAGGAGGCUACUAGGGUACUACUCGAACAAGGAUCCGAUAUUAACGCCCAGAUCGAGACGAAUAGGAAUACCGCGUUGACUUUGGCAUGCUUCCAAGGCCGAACCGAAGUUGUAGGACUGCUGCUGCAAUACAACGCGAACGUCGAACAUAGGGCCAAAACGGGUCUCACCCCACUAAUGGAAGCAGCAAAUGGAGGCUAUGUAGAAGUUGGUGAACUGCUGCUUGACGCAUGUGCUGAUCCAAAUACUGCGCCGGUACCAUCGAGUCGUGACACUGCCCUCACUAUCGCCGCCGACAAAGGUCACGAGCGAUUUGUUGAUAUGCUAGUUCAUCGAGGAGCUCACAUCGACGCCAGAAACAAGAAGGGUUGUACUGCAUUGUGGUUAGCAUGUCAUGGUGGUCAUCUGGAAACUGUGCAGACAUUGGUCAAACAUGGCGCCGACGUUGAUAUGCAAGACAAUCGGAAAAUGUCGCCAUUAAUGGUGGCUUUCCGCAAAGGCCAUGUCAAGGUCGUGCAACACAUGGUGCAGCACGUGCGGCAAUUUCCAGGAGACCAGGAACUGUUCCGCUAUUUGACGACCAUUGCCGAACCCGACCUUCUUCGAAACUGUCAAGAAUGCAUGGAUCUCAUUGUUAAAGCAAAGAAUGCCCAGGCUGAAGAGGCAAAUCGAGCUGCGGAAAGCCUUCUGGCACUUCUAGGCAGAAGAGGAAGAGGCAGCCAGGUCUAA